AUGCACGGCAGCGGCAGCAGUAUGAAAAGGCUGCUAACGUGGGCCACCCUCGUGGGGUCCAUGUCGGCGGUGACAAAAGCGGCAUGCCCUUUUGCUGAUCCCAACUACCACCUCGCCAAGAGGGACGAGGGCGCGAGCCAGCAGACGGAGAAUAUCCUCGAGGAGUACGAGGUUGACGACAGCAAUGCUUACAUGUCGUCCGACGUUGGUGGGCCGAUGGAGGACCAGAACAGCCUCAAGGCUGGGUACAGGGGGUCUACCUUGAUGGAGGACUGGAUCUUUAGGCAAAAGAUUCAGCAUUUUGAUCAUGAACGGAUUCCCGAAAGGGCUGUUCACGCUCGUGGUGCCGGUGCUCACGGUACCUUCACCAGCUAUGCCGACUGGAGCAACAUCACGGCUGCUUCCUUCCUCGGUGGAGCUGGAAAGAAGACUCCCGUCUUCGUCCGGUUCUCGACCGUUGCUGGUUCCCGCGGCAGUGCUGAUACCGCUCGCGAUGUCCACGGGUUCGCUACCCGCUUCUACACUGACGAAGGAAACUUUGACAUUGUCGGCAACAACAUCCCCGUCUUUUUUAUCCAAGACGCCAUCCGCUUCCCCGACUUGAUCCACUCUGUCAAGCCCAGCCCGGACAAUGAGGUCCCCCAGGCGGCCACCGCUCACGAUUCGGCGUGGGACUUCUUCAGCCAGCAGCCCAGCACUAUGCACACUCUCUUCUGGGCCAUGUCCGGCAACGGCAUCCCUCGCAGUUAUCGUCACAUGGACGGCUUCGGCGUGCACACCUUCCGCUUCGUCACGGACGACGGCAACUCCAAGCUCAUCAAGUGGCACUUCAAGACCAAGCAAGGCAAGGCUUCUCUGGUCUGGGAAGAGGCCCAGGUUCUCGCUGGCAAGAACGCCGACUUCCACCGUCAGGAUCUCUGGGACGCGAUCGAGUCAGGCAACGGUCCAGAGUGGGAGCUGUCCGUCCAGAUCGUCGACGAAGAAAAGGCCCUCGCCUUUGGGUUUGACCUCCUCGACCCCACCAAGAUCAUCCCCGAGGAGCUCGCCCCGUUGGUUCCCCUCGGUAUCAUGAAGCUGGACCGGAACCCGACCAAUUACUUUGCCGAGACGGAGCAGGUCAUGUACCAGCCUGGUCACAUUGUCCGUGGUGUCGACUUUACCGAGGACCCGCUUCUCCAAGGCCGUUUGUUUUCGUACCUUGACACGCAGCUCAACCGGAACCAGGGCGGGCCCAACUUUGAGCAGAUCCCCAUCAACAGACCCGUCUCGCCUGUUCACAACAACAACCGGGACGGGGCGGGACAGAUGCUUAUUCAUAAAAAUGUUUACCCUUAUACCCCUAACACUCUCAACGGGGGGUACCCCCUCCAAGCCAACCAGACGCACGGGAAAGGGUUCUUUACGGCGCCGAACAGGAUCGUGGAUGGGAAGCUGGUCAGGGCGCUGUCGCCGACGUUUGAUGAUCAUUGGUCGCAGCCGAGGUUGUUUUACAACUCGUUGACGAGGGUUGAGCAGCAGUUUUUGAUCAACGCUAUCCGGUUUGAGGCAUCUCAUCUCAAGAACGAGCAGGUGAAGAAGAACGUGUUGGAGCAGAUCAACCGUGUGUCAAACGAUGUGGCGAAGCGGGUUGCGGUGGCUCUUGGACUUGAGGCGCCGGCUCCGGACCCGGCAUUCUACCAUAACAAUGUCACGGCUGGGCUUUCCAUCUUUAACGGAACCCUCCCCACGAUUGCGACUUUGAGGGUUGGCGUCCUUGCCUCGUCUUUCAAUGAUGGAUCGCUUGCUCAGGCGCGGGAGUUGAAGGAGCAGCUCAGCAAGGAGGGGGUUGUGGUCACUGUUGUUGGCGAGGUUCUCAAGGAGGGGGUGGAUCAGACUUACUCUGCUGCUGAUGCCACUGGGUACGACGCGGUGGUUGUGACGGAUGGGGCGGAGGGGUUGUUGACUGGAGGAAAGAACUCUCCGUUGUUCCCUGCCGGACGGCCGGGGCAGAUCUUGGUGGAUAGUUAUCGUUGGGGGAAGCCGGUCGCUGCUGUGGGGGAGAAUUCGGGACAGGCGUUGGAGCAGACGGUUGGGGUGAGUAGGGGGCAGGAUGAGGGUGUUGUUGUUGGGGAGGGGGUUGAGCAGGUUGUGAAGGGGGUCGAGGAGGGGUUGAGGGUGUUUAGAUACUUGGGGAGGUUCCCUGUUGAUGAGGGGGCAGAGUAG